AUGGCUCACGAUUACACAGAACUUUACAACACUAAAAUGUGUUCUGAUACUAUUAUUAAUGUGGGUGAUAAAGAAUUUCAAGCUCAUAAAAUCAUUUUAAUGGCGCGGAGUCCUGUUCUUGCUGCAAUGUUUUCUCAUGACAUGAUUGAGAAAAAAGAAAAUAAAAUAUCUAUACCAGACGUUACUCCAGAGAUAUUUGAAAAGGUCUUAAAGUACAUAUACACUGAUGAAGUAAAUGAUCUGAAUGAGAUUGCUGACGAUUUAUUAGAAGUUGCCGACAAAUAUCAGCUCCGGUCACUAAAAGAAAUGUGCCAAGAAUCGCUUAGUAAAACUCUAACUGUUAAAAAUGCCUUGAAAAUAAUGACUUUGGCUGAUCUUCACAGUGCAAAAGAUUUAUUAGAAUUUACGAUUGAUUAUAUGGCAUCAAAAAUUAAAGAUAUUAUCGUGACUGAAGACUUUAAAGUCCUUGAAAAAUCAAAUGUUACUGAGGCAUUUGAAUUAAUAAAGAAAUUAUCAUCUCAUAAAUAA